GAUACUGAAAUCAAAUUACUAUGAAGAAGAAUAUCAUUUAGCCUGCAUAUGUAAUCUUAAUCACAUGAAGGAGGAAAAAAAACAUUUAGCCUGCAUAUGUAGCAGUAUGCUCCCCAUGUUUCACACUACAAUUUCAUUAAAGGAGACAUAAUAUAAUUUUUGCAUAAUUCAAUUUACCACUGUCAUACAAGAAAAUUUUACCACUGUCAUACAAAACAACUCUCCAAUUCUCAAUUCCUUGAUCUGACUGACUGACAUGAAUAUUACUUGGAAAGGAGUCAUAAGAUUAAAUUGAUUUUUUAUUUUUUAAAACACGUGCUCAUGUCUUCAAAACUGGUCAAUUCGAGUUUUGUGGUUUAAUAACUACUCGUAUUCAAUCCUCAUGGUUAUUAAUUCAAGCUUUAGUUCAAGCCAAUACUAAUAAUCAUAAUAUAAAAUAAGAAAGGAACUCACUUCAAACAAAUUCCUUUGGUUUUGCAUACAGGUCAAGCCAUACUCUAGAUUUUGGGCUCUAGAGUACCAGUUUUAAGUUCAGGUAUUUUUGUUAUGGCCUUCGGAUUAGUAGAUCUAUUUGUCUGUAGUAUUUGAUUUUAAGCUCAACUCUUUUUUUUGCUUAAUUCUUCUUCUUGGUUUUUUUUUUUAAAUUUUUUUAUUAUUUUAUUAAUUUUUAUGAUCACAGAGAACCUCGAAUAGAUAUGGAAAGAGAAGUCAGAGAUGUAGUUUGUUUUUGUCGUUGCGGCGGAAAAAAAGUAAUAAAAGAAAAUAGUAGCAUUAUGUACGUAGGUGGUGUUACGGAUGCUAUUGCAAUAAAGACGAAUAUGACGUUUGAAGCCUUCAAAGAAAUAUUGUGCCAACAAUUUUUGAUUGAUUUUCAUGGAAAAGUGAUAUGGUAUACUAGCAAAAUGGACAAGACUGAACUCUUGUGAUUGUCUAAUGAUCUUAGUAUGAAGGCAAUGUUUAUAGUAAAUGACAACACAGUCGAUAUUUAUAUUGAUGAUGGAAUGGUGGUUAGCCAAGAAUCCUUUCCUAAUCCAAUCAACUUGAGGACACCAAAUGAAGAUUGUGACAACUCUUAAUUGUUGAACAAUGACAUUAUCGGCUCUAGUUUGCAAGAAUCUGCUUCUGUGCUGUGUCAAAAUACUUAUAGACAUGUUCAAAAACUUAAAGGGGAAGGACAACUAUUCGAAAGCCCAAAUGCCUUCAAAGACGCAAUUACUCUAUUUGCAUUUACCAAUCGCUUUGCUUUCAAGUACAUGAACAAUAGUCGUACAUAUUAUAGGAUUAAAUGCAAGGUUGACAACUGUCCAUGGAAAUUAACAGCUGGAUGUGAAGGGGAAUCCGACACUGUAAGGGUGAAAAGAUUUAAAAAUGUUCACACGCAUACUGUACAAGAUGUAAGUUACUUCAAACCAGUUGUGCGUUCAAAGGAUUUAGGAAGAAUUGUGAUGAAUAAGAUUCGAGAAACCCCUUCUUAUUUUCCCAGACAAAUUAGCAAAGAUUUUAAGAAUGAUUUUCGAAUUAAAAUAAAUUACAUGCAAUCUUGGAGAACAAAGGAACACGCAAAAGAAGCCAUUGAUGGGAAGCCAGAGGAUAGUUAUAAGUUGGUUCCUUGGAUGUGUCAACGACUGAGGGAAUCUAUGCCGGGCACUAUUGCAAAAUGGACAUGCACAGAAGAAGGAAAAUUUAAACAAUUAUUUGUAUCGUAUCGAUGCUCAAUAAGAGGCUUUGAAGUUGGUUGUAGACCUAUUUUAUCCAUUGAUGCUUGUUACUUGAGUGGCAAUUACAAGGGCACACUACUUGGCGCCACUGGGUAUGAUACUGAUGAGGGGUUGUAUCCUUUGGCAUAUGCAGUAGUUUCUGGAGAAACUGAUGAGGACUGGUUGUGGUUUUUACAAAAUGUGAAAGAAGUCAUAGGAGGGCGCAUUGUAACUAUCAUAACAGAUAGAAAUUCAAGCCUAAUCAGUGGGGUUAGAGAUGUCUUUGGUUCACAGUGUCACUCAUGGUGUCUUCGGCACCUAAUGGAGAAUUUUACAAAAUUUAUGAAUAGUAAGAGUGGCUUGAAAUUGCGUGGUUCAUCUAAGGAUACAGCAAAAAAGUUUCUUAAUAAGAUUGCAUAUGCAAGAACAACAGAGACGUGUGAAAAAGCAUUACAAAAAAUGGCUAGUUUUCGAAAGGAGUUGUUUGAUUGGGUGUCAGAAAAUGGACCAGAACAUUGGGCGAAUACUCUUUUUCCAUUGCCGCGUUGGGAUAUCAUGUACACAAACCAAGCAGAAUCCUUUAAUGCUUGGGUUAGAGAGGAGAGACUAUUGUCGAUUAUGAGGCUAAUGGACGGUCACUUAACAAGACUCACUGAGUUUUUAUACAGAAAGAAGAUGGAAACUGAAAGGUGGCCAAACCCUGUAGGACCGAAUGUUGAGGAUAAAAUGAAGAAGAGACAGCUAGCUGCACAUGGGUUUUCAUGCAUGCCUUUGGUCCUACGGAGUGUACAGUUUAUGAUUUAAAGAAACGAGGGUUCAAGGCUGUGUUUGGCAAAGAAUCUUUUUGUAGCUGUAUGGAAUGGACUAUGAGUGGCAUCCCAUGUGCACACGCCUGUUGUGCUAUUGAGGCAUACUCUCUUAAUAUUUAUGACAUGGUUGAUCCAUAUUUGAGGGUUGAAAAGCAACGUGAAAUUUAUGAAGAAGUUAUGUCACCUGUUCUAACGCAUGACAUGCCAAUUCCAGAUGAAAUUGAUAGCAUAAUGCCAUUGCCUAUUGAGGUGAUGAACAAUGCGUCUACUUCUAGCUCUCUUAGACCUCCAUCUGUUAGGCGUCCUCCUGGUAGGCCUCGUACAAAAAGGAUUGAAUCACAAUUUCAGGACAAUAACAUUAUUAUACAUUGCUCUCGAUGUGGUGAACCAAGACAUAAUAGGCGAAAUUGCAAAGCACCACUGGCAGGAUAAAUUAUUGGUCGUUGAUCAUAUCUCAUCACAAAAAUGUGGUCUCUUCGUUUUAUUUAGUGAUCUAAUUUUUUUUCACUUUUAGAAAAAUAAAAAUAGUGAACGAAUUUUUUAUUUGUAUGGCAAAUUUAUGUGUCAAUGGACUAU